CCUCCAUCAGUGAGUGUGUCUCGCUGCCGCUGGCUUCACUCGCUGCUGUGCGCCUGAUUAUUUUUACGCCGUCGAGUCUGGCGGUGAAAUCCAGGUCAUCUCCGCCGGAUCGCCAGCCAGCGCGGCUCAGGCUUCUGCUCUCCGCGGACUCACAGUGCCAUUUCCUCAUUCCACUUUGCAGAGGGAGCUUGCGGUCUGAAGAAUGAGGUGGGGCGCAUUGAUUAGCAUGCUGCUACGCUGAGAAGAGUUUAUCCACCCAGGACGAGUGGCAGCAGCUAUACGUUCCCUUCCUGAAUCGGCUAUCAGACACCUGCUCUGAAUCAAGUACCUGUCUGGAUCUUUCGCUCGCUCACUCACACUCAGCUAUGGCUGGCUGGCUCUGGCUGGGAGGGUAAUCGGUGCGCUGGUUGCCCUGGCAACCCCACCCUGAUUCCUGCUGAAUAGAUCCCUAGUCUGUCACAGAAGACUUUUUAGCCCCCCUCCACCUUUCUCCUGAGUUUAUUUUGCCCUUUCGUGGAGGUAGAGGGCAGCGGCCAGAGCAGGAGCCAUGGACUUAUGAGGUGAGAAUGGCAGCACGGCGGCUGUUUGGCCCCCAGGAGCCCUCAGGCGAUCGGAGCCAAUAACGUGGGUCCACACACACGCAUACAGGCCGAGCGGCAGGAGCAGUAUGCAGGAGGCUGACCUACCGGCCACCAAUGCUUUCACAGAGUGCAGAUUCCUGUGCACUAACGGCAGAUGUCUGAACCUGGGCUCGCAGGUCUGUGAUCAGCUCAACCACUGUGGAGACAACAGUGAUGAGGAGCACUGCCCCAUCUCCACCCAGCAUCCUGCAUCUGCCAUCUUCAGCUCUGAACUGGAGUUUGUGCAGAUCGUGAUCAUAAUCGUCGUGAUGACUGUGAUGGUCGUGGUGGUCGUGUGCCUGCUCAACCACUACAAACUCACCACAUGGUCGUUUCUGAGCCGGGCUAGUCAGGCACAGAGUCAGGAUCUCUCUCUGCAGCCGGAGGGUUCUCUGUGGCCAUCAGAUAAUGGGCUGAGACAAGGAGCAUCUGAGGUGGUGUAUGCUCCUCAGCCAAGGGACCGCUUCACCGCUCCCACUUUCAUGCAGCACAACCGCUUCAGACGUUUCCAGCCUACCUACCCGUACUUGCAGCACGAGAUCGAUCUGCCACCCACCAUCUCGCUGUCAGACGGAGAGGAGCCACCACCGUACCAGGGCCCCUGUACACUGCAGCUGAGAGACCCCGAACAGCAGCUCGAGCUCAACCGAGAGUCGGUACGCGCUCCGCCUAACCGGACCAUCUUCGACAGCGACCUCAUUGACAUGCACAGUUCAGGUGGUGGCGGUGGGCCGCGGCCUCCCAGUAGCAACUCUGGGAUCAGCGCGGCCAGCUCCAGUACCCAUGGACGCAUGGAGGGCCCUCCACCGGCUUACAGUCAAGUAAUUGGGCAGCAGCCGGGCAUCGUACUUUACCUCCACCAGCACAGCAAUAACCCGCCCAUCCCCGUCACUGUGCAGACUCCGCCCAGGGGCCGGACAGAUUUAAACAGCCCAGAGAGCACAAUAGCGCUGAGCAAAGACCAACAGAGGGAGGAGCUAGUGUGAGGGGGCAGGCCUAGCACACAAUUGGGCAAUCGCGAUCACUCUCCACCCACAAAGGGACAGGUUCUCCCUCUUGACACUCCCGUGCACAACAGCGCUUAAUGCGUCUUCGCAACGAAAGUGAAACCGAAACCUUUUUUUUUUUUUUUUUUUAAAUAACAACAUGGAGCUGAGCUUAUGAAAGAAAACAUUACAUUUGUUUUCUGUCAGUCCAGCUGCGCUAAAACUGGGGUUUAUGCACUGCCUGGAGUCUCCCACCUUUAUUGCUCUGUAUUACUUCUGUAUAGCUGACAAAUUUAGAGAAAGUUAUUCGCGCACAAGACAGGCUUUUUGUUGUUGUUGUUGUUCUUGUUGGUUUUAUUGUUGUAUUCCUCUUGAAUGCCCCCUUUCUGCCCAAACCACACGUGAUAUACUAGCUGUGUGGAUAGAAUUUUUUUUUUUUUUUAAGACCGAGAUCUGUGCAGCAUGAACAAAACAAAUGCGAAAAAGGGUGAAAAUCCAAAUCCUAGUGCCAAGGUUUAUGCGGAAGGUCUCAUGGGGCGUUGACUGUCUUAAAGACUUGUUAUACAUUUAAAUCAAAACCCUUUUCUGAACUUUGCACUAUUGUUGAGGUUAAUCAGAGAAAUUUGGGAAUGGGGUAGUGGGGAGAGGGUGGGGUGAUAUAUGUGUUUACUGUUUGUACUGUCGUUUUCGUGUAGUUCCGAUCAUAUGCUUCAGUGCGAGCUUUCUACCGGAGGGAAGUGAUCUUGUCUGUCUUCAGCACAAGAAAAAUCUCUGAUCCAGCCUAAAAUAACCUUGAUCUAAAAGAGGCACAGAAUACAGAGAGUCUGCUCUACUCUCAUCUAUUCUCACCACUGACACGUUCCGCCGCUUUCACAGACUCCAGCUGAUCUGAGGUCAGUUGGCUGGUGGCACGGUUGACAUUUUGCCUAAAAAAAAACUCCCUUCAGUAAGAGAUCUGAACAGGUUUGACAUGUUUUGAGAUUGUUGCUUUUUUUUCUCCAACCUUAUUCUCAUCACCUGUUUUUAUUAUAAUUUUUAGUAUUAUAUAUUGAUUUUAAAAUGGGUAUAUAAAGGAAGACUCGGUUAAAAAGGAAAAAAAAAUAGACCUUAAAGGGAUACUCCACCCCAAAAUGAAUUUUGUCAUUAAUCACUUACCCCCAUG